AUGCCGCUGUGGGUCUGGAGCCUGCUGCUGGCGUCCCUGGUGCUGCUGCUGCCCGCCGCCGCCGUCCCGCCGCCCGCCUGCCCUGAGCGCUGCGACCGGUCCCGCUGCCCGGCGCUGCCCUCCUCCUGCCCCGGCGGGGCCGUGCUGGACGCCUGCGGCUGCUGUCGAGUCUGCGGGGCAGAGGAGGGGGAGCCCUGCGGCGGGCCCGGCGGCAGCCCGCCCUGCGGCGAGGGGCUCCAGUGCGUGGUGCCGCCGGGCAGUGGCGUGGCCGCCUCCGCUACCGUCCGUAAGCGGGCGAGCGUCGGGCACUGCGUCUGCUCCAGCUCCGAGCCUGUCUGCGGCAGCGACGCCGUCACCUAUGCCAGCCCCUGCCAGCUGCGAGCCGCCAGCCGCCGGGCAGAGAGGCUCCAGCAGCCACCCGUCAUCGCCAUCCAACGCGGAGCCUGCGGGCAGGGCCAAGAAUAUCCUAACAGCCUGCGGCACAAGUACAACUUCAUUGCAGAUGUGGUGGAGAAGAUCGCUCCUGCCGUGGUCCACAUUGAAUUGUUUCGCAAACUUCCUUACUCAAAGAGGGAGAUCCCUGUUGCCAGUGGCUCGGGGUUCAUCGUCUCAGAAGAUGGGCUGAUAGUGACAAACGCCCAUGUUGUCACCAACAAAAACAGGGUUAAGGUGGAGCUGAAGAACGGUGAAACCUACGAAGCUAAAAUUAAAGACGUUGAUGAGAAAGCUGACAUUGCACUAAUUAAAAUAGAUGCUCAGGGUAAAUUGCCAGUUCUUCUGCUUGGUCAAUCUGCAGACCUGAGGCCAGGAGAGUUUGUAGUGGCCAUUGGAAGUCCAUUUUCCCUGCAGAACACAGUGACCACAGGGAUUGUUAGCACCACUCAGCGAGGAGGAAAGGAGCUGGGACUCCGCAACUCCGACAUGGACUACAUCCAGACUGAUGCCAUCAUCAACUAUGGAAAUUCAGGAGGACCCCUAGUAAAUCUGGAUGGUGAAGUCAUUGGAAUUAACACUUUAAAAGUUACAGCAGGGAUCUCCUUUGCCAUCCCGUCGGAUAAAAUAAAGAAGUUCCUAACUGAAUCCCAUGACAGGCAAGCUAAAGGGAAAGCUAUCACCAAAAAGAAAUACAUUGGCAUACGAAUGAUGUCCCUAACUCCUAGCAAAGCUAGAGAGCUGAAAGAGCGCCACAAAGACUUUCCUGACGUUGUCUCUGGGGCCUAUGUAAUUGAAGUGAUUCCAGAAACGCCAGCUGAAGCCGGUGGCCUGAAGGACAACGAUGUGAUUAUAAGCAUCAAUGGACAGUCGAUAAGCUCAGCCAGUGAUGUCAGUGACAUCAUCAAAAGGGACACUACCCUGAACAUGGUCGUACGCAGGGGCAAUGAGGAUGUGAUGCUAACAGUAGUGCCCGAAGAAAUCGACCCCUGACCAGAAACAUGAGCUGGAUUUCAUGUUUUGUUUUGUUUUGUUUUCCCUCUUUAACAGCGUUGGACUGCUUCUACCCUCUCUGUGCUGGUACAGGACACGUUAGACUUCUGACCAAUAUUCUGCUUCUUCAGUGGAUUAGUAUUGGCCAACAGAGUAACUCCUAAUAGGUUUAAGGUGCAAGAUCAGUUUAAUUUCACAUACUCCAGAUGAUACAUUUUAUUGUUUUCCCUUCUGUAUUACAUAUGCAAUGUAUUCUCUGCUGGCUAUUGCACCUCCCUGCUUAACAAAUCAACAUUCCCUUCCCUGUGUUGAAAUAGAUUUUUACCAUUGUUUCCUCUAAGGUUUAAACAGAACCCCACACACACAAAGUGUGUUGUGGUAUUCAGGUAUUUAUAGGUUAGCUGUGCUUUAACUGGAAAUACCAUUGUAAAGGAGUAGUUGGUUUAAAGGACAACACAACUGGGGAAAAAACAACAACAAAACCACAAACAAGAAGAGGACAAAAGUUUGGUUUAUAAACACAAAGAAAUCCCAACCACAAUAACCUUUUGAGGAUCUCAUGCAGGAC